AGCGGCUGUGCAGGUCAGGAAGCUGCCAGUGCCAGGGAUGGUAACUAGCACUAGUGCGCCGAGCAGUGAAGCCUAGCAGCUGCCAGCGCACGGUUUUAGCACUUAAAGGAACACUUCAUAGGCAUUUUUUUUUUUUUAUCCGUUUUCUUCGGUUUCUCAGACGUCCUCCCUCCGUCUGCACGCUAAGCACUUGAUUACUUGGUUUUUGCCCAAGCUCUCUUAAGAAGAACCAGUCAUGCCAGCCAGGGGUGGUAUGUUCUAUACUGUUCCUAUUGCUCUGCCACCACCAGUCAUUAAAGAACCCAAAGACCUGUGGGAUGGGCGCUGUGUGGACUUGUCCCAAAGAGGUAGUUCAGACUGUGAAUCCCUUACAAGCAGCAACUCCUUCUCUGAAUGCGACUUUGAUGAAUUUGAUAACAUUUCCAUACCAGACUCUGAGCUUCUCUGUGACCCAGAAGGAGAGCAGCUGUGCCCCAGCCUUCUCAAAAUGAUAAAAAGAAGCCUGAACAAAGCAAACAUUAACUCCUUAAGGUGUUCCAAGCUCCUCCUCCCAGAUGAUCUUCUCUGCCAUUUGGGCCAAGAACUGAUGCAUCUGGCAUUCAGUGAGCCUUGUGGACUCCGAGGUGCACUUAUCGACCUAUGUGUGGAGAACAGCAAGGACUGUCACACUGUGGCGCAGCUUGAGGUUGAUCCAUCCGUAGUACCUACUUUCCAACUGACUAUAUUGUUCAAACUGGACUCCAGGUUAUGGCCUAGAAUUCAGGGUCUCUUCAGCACCAAACCAGUCCCUGGGUCUGGGCACUCAUUAAAACUCAGUCCAGGGUUCAAGGUUCUGAAGAGGAAACUGUACAGUUCUUCAGAACUUAUUGUUGAAGAAUGUUAAAGUUGUAUGUAUGGAAACAAAUGGCGAAUGAAUGAAAUGCCUGUAUCAUGGGCUACUGCAAUCACGUGAAGGUUUAUUGGGGGCAUUUUAGAAUGGAUGAAUGACACUUUUUUUUUUUUUUUUAUUAAAGGUGAUGUGUAAUGAAUUUCUCUUUUACGUAAAGUAUUUUAGAUGUGUUUUUUAUUUUAACCCCUCAGUUGCCAGAUUCCUGCCAACUUACAUCUUGUCUGGCAACAGGAGGGUUUACUUUUCCGCUGCCAAGUUUAGUGAACAACAUUUGCUUUUCAUGAAUUUCUGCACUGAUGAUGAAAAGAACAUGUACAUGGUGAAGCUUCAAUUUUUAUUUUCUAUUUUUGUUAUGGGGUUUAGCUCACAGUUGACUAUAUUUGCAGUGGUCUGCACACAGGUAUUGAAGUUUAGCAUUAUGUGCACUGGUAGUACUGCAAUUUCUUUUAUACAUUUUUUUUUUUUUCUCUGUAAUGCUUUAGCAGCUGGUCUGCAUUAAAGGUGGUAUAGCUCUACCUCUUAUAGAGGGUGAAUUGUUAAAACUGAACUCAAAGUACAAAUUUCUUUUGGGACAAUGUGGGCAUUUGCGCCCCCCCCCCCCCCCCCCACUACUGAUUCAUUGGCAGCUAAAAGAGGUUCUAUUAAGUAGCUCUACUGCAGUUAACAGUAUGUGGAAAGCACUAGUAUUCAUUUCAAUUUGUCUGUAUUCUGACAUGCUGCUGUAAUAAGGUUUACAAAUAUAUAUUUGCACUUGAUGUUCAAGUUAAAAUCUACACAAUGUGCCUUUUUUUACUUUUCUAAUAAACCGUCAGAAAAU